CCCUCGCCCUCUCCAUCCUCUUCGUGCAUUAUCCCCACCUCCCACUCCUCCAUAACCCACCAAAAAAUCCCAUUAAAUCCAGUAAAAAUAUAUAAAAAACGUCAAAUUAAAGAGGUUUCUGCUGGUAAUCCUCGCUUCAUUCUCCAUUUUGAGCCGAUUCUCUCCACCGUCAUCGUGGUGGUGCGCUCAAAGAUCGGUUUUUUAGGGUUAUUUGGGUUGUUUUUUUGAUAUGGGUGAAGGGGGGAGAGGGAAGGAGAUGAAGUACGUGUUGGUGACUGGGGGAGUGGUGAGUGGGUUGGGGAAGGGGGUCACGGCGAGUAGCAUUGGGGUCGUGCUUAAAGCGUGUGGGCUCCGUGUGACCUCCAUUAAGAUUGAUCCAUACCUGAACACUGAUGCAGGAACAAUGUCCCCAUUUGAGCAUGGGGAGGUCUUUGUUUUAGAUGACGGUGGUGAGGUGGACUUGGAUCUUGGAAACUAUGAGAGAUUCUUAGAUAUCAAACUAACUUGCGACAACAACAUCACAACUGGGAAAAUAUAUCAGUCUGUCAUAAACAAGGAGAGAAAAGGAGAUUACCUUGGGAAAACAGUUCAGGUCGUGCCUCACAUUACUGACGCCAUACAAGAGUGGAUCGAGCGCGUGGCGAUGGUACCAGUAGAUGGCAAAGAAGGACCGGCUGAUGUCUGUGUUAUUGAGUUGGGUGGAACGAUAGGGGACAUAGAAUCAAGGCCUUUUAUUGAAGCUUUAAGCCAAUUUUCUUAUAGAGUAGGACCUCAAAACUUUUGCCUGGUUCACGUCAGUCUUGUGCCUGUGCUGAGUGUUGUUGGUGAACAGAAAACUAAGCCGACCCAGCAUAGUGUUCAGAGAUUAAGAGCACUUGGAUUGACACCAAAUAUUCUAGCCUGUCGAAGUACUAAGCCUCUGGGUGAAAAUGUUAAAGAAAAGUUGUCACAAUUUUGCCAUGUUCAGGUAGAAAAUAUCAUAAGCUUGUAUGAUGUUUCGAACAUUUGGCGCAUCCCUUUACUUUUAAAGGACCAGAAUGUGCAUGUAGCUGUUUUAAGAAUUCUGAGGCCUUGGGGUGCUUCUUGGGAGCCCAAGUUGGAGAAAUGGAUCAAGAUGGCUAAUAAUUGUGACUCAUUAGAUGAUCCUGUCAGAAUUGCAAUGGUUGGAAAAUACACUGGUCUUUCUGAUUCUUAUCUCUCUGUUUUAAAGGCUCUUUUGCAUGCUUCUAUUGCUUUGCGAAGGAAACUUGUAGUUGAGUGGGUUCCUGCAUCUGAUCUCGAAGAGCAAACUGCAAAAGAGACACCUAAUCUAUAUGAAAAAGCAUGGAAUUUGCUGAUGGGUUCAGAUGGUGUGCUAGUUCCUGGGGGCUUUGGGGACCGGGGGGUACAAGGGAAAAUUCUCGCUGCAAAAUAUGCCAGAGAAAAUAAUGUUCCUUUUCUUGGCAUUUGCCUCGGCAUGCAAAUUGCCGUAAUUGAGUUUGCUCGCUCUGUUCUUAAUUUGAAGGAUGCAAACAGCACAGAGUUUGAUCCCGAAACGAAAAACCCGUGCAUCAUUUUUAUGCCAGAGGGCUCAAAAACACAUAUGGGGGGGACAAUGCGACUUGGAUCAAGGCGAACAGUAUUCCAUUCUUUGGACUCCAAAUCAGCCAAGUUGUAUGGGAAUGUCAAAUUUGUUGAUGAGCGGCAUCGCCAUAGAUAUGAGGUCAAUCCUGAUAUGGCGGUAGAAUUCGAACAUGCUGGUCUUGAAUUUGUCGGUAGAGAUGAAUCUGGAAAGCGUAUGGAGAUACUUGAGCUGCCUUCUCAUCCAUAUUACGUUGGCGUCCAGUUUCAUCCAGAGUUCAAGUCGAGACCUGAAAGACCCUCUGCUCCAUUUUUAGGUUUGAUAGCUGCUUCAUGUGGGCAAUUGGAUGCUCUGCUCCAAGCUUCAAGCCAACGUCACCAUUUAAUUCCCAAAAGAGUUCAGAGCAAUGUUAUCUCGAACGGAAAUAUAUACCAAAAUGGAGCUCCAAAUAAGACGGUUAAAAACAUAAUGGGAGGGGUCGUAUUUUCGAAUGGUAACGGUGUGCAUGUCUAAGAAAACAUCUGGGUUUGUUUUAGUUUUGGUUUCGUUCUCUGUGUUUUCUUUCAAGUCAUGCUUUAGUGCCAGUUCACUUCUUGGUUUUAGUUUUGUAUAGCCUAAGCUGAUAACUAUGAGAAGCAUCUUCUAGCUUUGAUGUAUCUGUUGUAAGAAAUACGGCUAGUUCCGAGGUUUUUACGGGGAACGGCUUCUUAUUUUUGCGUUGUAAGAACUUGUGAUAUAAUGAACUUUUUGAAAGUAA